CCCCCGAGUUGGCGAAGGUGGUAGGAGAGUACUUCUUAAUUGAUAGAUUUACCUUUCAGGGAAGAACUAGGGAGAACUGGCAGCCCAAGUUUGAACGACGAGGCGCGGGUCUCGAAGACGCCAGAGCUUCCUUCUAAGACUAGACACCAUCUGAACAACACGUGCCGUGAUCAGCAGGCGGCGCCCCCCACCUGUCUUCACAUAUUAGACCUGGGGAAAUCUGGUGGAGGCACCUCGAUGUACCGUAUAUGACCUCCGUCAGGCCCAUACAUUAGUGCAGUGUAUUGCUUGUAGUAAUGUUGAGCCAUUGCACUCGAUAUGCAAGAAAUUCUUCUGUGAGCUAUUUGCAAGAUCAUGUUCAAAAAGUCUUUCAACAAAUAUUACCUCUCACUAGCACCUGUCUGACAAGAAGCUCCAGAAGAGGAAUAUCGGACAACAUAAUAGAUGAGCAGGGUAAAAAUGAUAAAACAGAUGAAUGCAAAGCAACAGAAAAUAAAUCAAGUAAUGAGCCAUUUGGUAAAGAAUCUCCAAAACAAUUGUUGGAGAAUGCUUCUACCUUUGAAGACUUGCCUUACAGUCCAGAUGAUGUGUGGACACAAGGUCCCUAUCCUCACAAAAGCAGUUAUAAGCAGAGUCAAGCUAAGCAUUCUAAACGGCCCAAAGUUGACCCAAGAGAAACAACAUUAAUUUUAUUUCCUGGACAAGGCACACAGUAUGUAGGAAUGGGAAAAGAAUUGUUAAAAUACCCUAAUGUUCAAGAAAUGUACAAAUGUGCAUCUCAAAUACUCGGCUAUGAUCUCUUGGAACUUAGCCUGAAUGGUCCUCUUCAGAAGCUGAGCAAAACCAUACAUCAGCAACCUGCUGUUGUUGUUGCUUCAUUAGCUGCAAUUGAAAAAUUGAGAGAUGAACAACCCAGUGUACUAGACUCCUGUGUUGGUGUGGCUGGAUUCAGCGUUGGAGAAAUUGCUGCUUUAACUUUUGCUGGUGCUCUGUCAUUUGAAGAUGCAAUAAGAUUAGUAAAGGUGCGAGCCGAGUCAAUGCAACUUGCUUCAGAAAUAACACCUAGUGGGAUGAUGACUGUUAUAUACGGACCUGAUUCGAGAUUAGGUUUUGCAUGUUCUGUGGCAAAGGAGUUAUGCAAACGACAAGACCUGCCAGAAGUUGACUGUCGCAUUGCAAAUUACCUUUUUCCUCAUUGUAAAGUAAUUGCUGGGAAUGAAGAGGCUUUAACGUUCAUUGAGCAAAAUCAAUCAGAUUUCCGAUUGAGACAUCUCAAAAGACUACCUGUCUCAGGAGCCUUCCACACAAACCUUAUGAAACCAGCAGCUGUGGCAGUCAAAGAAAUGAUGACAAGAAUUCCUGUUGAAGUGCCUCUCAUUCCUGUUCACUCAAAUGUUGAUGGAAAAUAUUACAAAAAUGCGACUCAAAUCUACAAGCAACUGCCCAAACAGAUCUACUCUCCUGUCAAAUGGGAACAGACAAUGCACAUCCUAUAUGAAAGAAGUGUAGGAACAAAUUUUCCUAAAACAUAUGAAUGUGGACCUGGUAGAUCACUGAAAACAAUAUUAAAAAUGUGUAAUGCAAAAGCCUGGGAGUCAUGCUUUAAUAUUAAAGCAUGAUAAUGCAUAUAUAUUUUUGCAGUACAUGUGCCAUUAUCUUCAGUGAAUGUUGUACAAUGUAGCACUAAUAAAAUGUUCAAAGCCA